AUGAUCAACGCUUUCCUGGUCUUCAAUGGUCAAGGCCAGCCCCGCCUGACCAAGUUCUAUACACAGCUGGACACCAGCAUACAGCAGCGCCUGAUCUCCGAGAUCUUCUCCCUCGUUGCCAACCGCCCACCCGGAUCGUGCAAUUUCCUGCCGUUGCCGCCGUUGCUGGCACCGCCAUCCGGCUCGACCAGCGGCAGCGAAGCGUCCGACUCACCCUCCCUCGUCACGUACCGCCACUAUGCCACGCUGUACUUUAUCGUCAUCUCCACGGCCACCGAGUCACCGCUCGCCCUCAUCGACCUCAUCCAGGUGUACGUCGAGUCGCUCGACCGCCUGUUUGAAAACGUCUGCGAGCUCGACCUCAUCUUCAACUUUGAGUCGAUGCACGCGACCCUGGCCGAGAUGAUUAUUGGCGGCGUCGUCAUCGAGACAAAUCUGGACCGCAUUGUGGCGGGCGUGCGCGCCCAGGGCGCCGUCGCGAAGCGGCCUGUCAACAGCGGCAACAGCCUGACCAGCAACGGCAGCAGUGGCACGGGGAUUGGCGCAACGCUCGGCAUGGGCGGCAACUUUGUGUGGCACGGCCGGUGA